AUGAUAUUGGCUGCAAAGUAUGCUAGGGAGAAUAAAGUUCCAUAUCUUGGGAUCUGCUUGGGAAUGCAGAUAUCUGUGAUUGAGUUUGCUAGAUCUGUUUUGGAUCUGGAGAGGGCAAACAGUACGGAGUUUGAUGCAGAGACACCUGAUCCAUUUGUAAUUUUCAUGCCAGAGGGUUCAAAAACACACAUGGGAAGCACAAUGAGACUUGGCUGUCGAAGAACUUUAUUUCAGACCCCUGAUUGUAUCACUGCAAAGCUGUAUCAUAAUUCAGAGUAUGUGGAUGAGCGACAUAGGCAUAGAUAUGAGGUGAACCCAGAGGUGGUUGGCAUUUUAGAGGAAGCUGGCUUAAAAUUUGUGGGGAAGGACGAAACUGGGAAAAGGAUGGAGAUUUUAGAACUUCCAAGUCAUCCAUUCUAUGUGGGAGCACAGUUUCAUCCAGAAUUUAAGUCACGGCCUGGCAGGCCUUCAGCUCUAUUUCUAGGUACUGAUCGGUCAAGGGAUUAA